AUGGAGCCUCUUAAUAUCGAGUUUGAUUUAUCCACCCUCAAGGGAAAGUCUGCCUUCAUCACCGGUGGUGGAUCGGGUCUGGGACUGGCCACUGCACAGAAAUGGGCAGACGCCGGGGUAUAUGUGACAAUUGCCGACAUCCAGCAGCCCUCGUCUACCCUUCCCUCGAGUUACACGAAUUACGUCCACUGCGAUGUAGCGAGCUGGGAGAGCCAGGUCGCCGCCUUCAAGAGCGCCCUCAGCUUCUCCCCCACUGGGUCGCUCGAUAUUGUGGCUGCCUUUGCUGGCACGGCCAUCGGCCCUGGAAACCAAGUCGACCAUGUGCUGGCUGCAGGAACUCCCAGCCUAGAACUCGAUCCACCUAGACCAAGUAUCCGCAAUAUCGAAGUCAACCUCGUCGGAAGUUACUACACUUCAUGGCUGGGAUUAUACUAUCUUCGCCUUCCCGGGUCUCAGCCCAAUCAGCCAAGUGACAAAAGCCUGCUAUUCUGCGCCUCCAUCGGCGCAUACAUGGAUAGUCCCAGAGCAUCUACCUAUCCCGCGAGCAAGUUCGGUGUGCGCGGUCUCUUCCGCAGUACGCGCGCUCAAACGCAGCAGCUGAAUGUGCGGUGUAACCUCCUCGCACCAUGGUUCUUUGAUACGCCUCUGAUUGCCCCGAUCAAACAUGCAAUGGCUGCAAGGGGGAUUGAUAUGGCGAAGGUGUUGUCGUUUACGACCGUUGAGGCAUGUGUUGACACUGCCAGCUACUGCGCUGCUAAUCCGGGUCUACACGGGCGUGCAUUGGCUGUGCAGCCAGAGGGAACGUUUGAUCUCAAGGACGAUAUGGAGGGCGGAUGGGGAGGGGAUCAGAUGCGUCCUAUUAUGCAGCGGCGACGAGAUGCUGGGUUUGACGCUUGA